CACUAAACCUCUGAGCUUUGAAGGGAGACAACAAUGGCUGAAGACUCUCUCUCUGUUUCUGGAGUUGGACCUCCAACUCAAUCCAUUAGUCUUAUAAGACUUAUCUUUUCUUGCAUGGUGGCUGGUGGAGUUCAGUAUGGCUGGGCUUUGCAGCUAUCACUGUUAACUCCUUAUGUUCAGACACUCGGAUUAUCUCAUGCACUUUCUUCUCUUAUGUGGCUCUGUGGUCCUAUUGCAGGACUUUUGGUACAACCUUGUGUAGGUUUAUGGAGUGAUAGAUGUCAAUCAAGGUUCGGAAGACGGCGUCCAUUUAUACUUGUUGGAUGUCUGCUCAUAUGCUUUGCAGUGAUUAUCAUAGGUUUCUCUUCAGAUAUUGGAUAUGCUUUAGGGGACACAAAGAAGCAUUGCAGUGUUUACCAUGGAAAUCGGUGGGCAGCUGCUGUUGUCUAUGUUGUAGGAUUUUGGAUUUUGGAUUUCUCUAACAAUACAGUGCAAGGUCCAGCUCGCGCACUUAUGGCAGAUCUAUCAGGGAGUCAUGGAUGCAAUGCAGCAAAUGCAAUUUUCUGUUCAUGGAUGGCAUUUGGAAAUAUUCUUGGUUAUUCAUCUGGUGCUACUGGAGAAUGGCACAGGUGGUUUCCUUUUCUGAGCACUAAAGCUUGCUGUGAAGCCUGUGCAAACUUGAAAGGAGCCUUCUUGGUUGCAGUAUUCUUCCUCCUCUUGUGUAUGUCUGUGACUCUAAUUUUUGCCAAAGAGAUCAUCCCGGUUGCACCAAAGAAAUGCAUGGAAUUAGGCGAUAACCGACCAAAAGAUAGUGAAGACAGAGUAGGACCUCUGUUUAUCAUCAAGGCAGCCAAGAACCUACCCCCUGGAAUGCUAUCUGUGCUUCUAGUCACAGGCCUUACAUGGUUGUCAUGGUUUCCCUUCAUUCUCUAUGACACCGAUUGGAUGGGCCGGGAAGUAUAUCAUGGUAAUCCAAAGGGAACUCCAGAACAGAUUAAUGAAUUUAACAUUGGUGUUAGACAAGGCGCAUUAGGUCUUCUUUUGAACUCGAUUGUUCUUGGAGUGAGCUCAUUCUUGAUAGAGCCAAUGUGCCGGAGAAUCACCACAAGAAUCGUUUGGGUCUUGAGCAACUUCAUUGUUUUCCUUGCCAUGACUGCAUUCACAAUCUUAAGUGUGAUAUCAAUGAAUGAACAUAACAUAACAGGGCCUAAUCACAACAUCAGAAUCAUAGCUCUGGUUAUAUUUACAAUACUUGGUUUCCCAUUGGCUAUUCUCUACAGUGUUCCAUUCGCAGUAACUGCUCAAUUAGCUAAAAAUGAAGGUGGAGGCCAAGGACUGUGCACUGGGGUGUUAAACAUAUCCAUUGUCAUUCCCCAGGUGAUAAUAGCACUAGGUGCAGGACCAUGGGAUGCAAUCUUUGGCAAGGGGAACACCCCUGCAUUUGCAGUUGCUGCUGCCUUUGCCUUUGUGUGUGCCUUCGUUGGUUUCUUCAUGCUUCCAAAACUCUCCAAGAGUGACUACAUAGGUGGAAUAACUUCCAGUCACUGAUCAUCUUAAUUCUCUCAUUCAUUUGCAGCUGAUCAAUCGAAGAAGUAUUCAACUGUCAUAAUGAAUGCAUGGUUUCCAGACUAAAUAAUAUUUAAACCAACAAAUUAAAGUUGUAGUAGUCUUUUCAUGUUAUCUCUUAGUGAGACUAUAUAUAUAUAUAUGUCAAAAACUACUCUAUUUCUCUAA